CAUGUAUCUCCGAUAAACCUCGAAAACCUCCGUAUUGUGAACCAAAAAUGGCGACAUUUGGUGUCUUUUAACGACCAUGCAGUUGCACUUCAUUCAUAAAAUACUCUUCGAAUAAGUACCAAGUUGAAGCAUACGGAUAUUGUUUAAAUUUAUUGGCAUAUUAUGCUGUAGAUAGUGCAUUCAAGACAUUGUUUGCCGUUAAUAAUGUGAAAUAAUCCACAUGUGAUGUAGCGCGAGUUUGACCUUUCUUGGCGUGCUUUCAUCAUCAUGAGAGAGUAAACAUUACAUAAAUUCAGAAAAGUUUACAAGGCACUGUCUCGUGCAUCCAAGAUUAUAUACUGCAGUAUGAGCAGCAAGAGGGACGUCAGGAUUCUCCUUGUUGGAGAUCCUGGUGUCGGGAAAACAUCUUUGAUAUUGUCCCUGGUUAGUGAAGAAUUUCCAGAAGAGGUUCCAUCAAAAGCAGAAGAGAUAACAAUACCUGCUGAUGUUACCCCAGAGAAAGUACCCACACAUAUUGUUGACUACAGUUCACAAGAACAGGAUGAAGAUAGACUUCAAGAGGAGCUUGCUAAGGCCAAUGUUGUGUGUAUUGUAUAUUCUGUGGAUGAUGAAGAUUCCAUAGAGCGGAUCACCACAUUUUGGUUGCCAUACCUACGUAAUUGUUUGGGGCAGGACCAUCGGACACCAGUCAUCUUGGUGGGAAACAAGACAGACAUGCUGGACUUCAGUACAAUGGAGACGAUGAUGCCUAUCAUGAACGAUUUUGCAGAAGUGGAGACUUGUGUAGAGUGCUCAGCAAGAACACUAAAGAACAUAAGUGAGAUGUUUUACUAUGCACAAAAGGCAGUGCUCCAUCCCACCGCAGCUGUUUAUAACCCGGAGGAAAAGGAGCUGACGCCACAAUGCAAAAAAGCCCUUACAAGAAUUUUUAAGAUAUGUGACCUUGACAACGACUCAAUACUCAAGGACGAUGAAGUACAUUUAUUCCAAAGGAAAUGUUUCAAUGCUCCUCUACAACCUCAAGCCUUGGAGGAUGUCAAGUCAAUAGUGAAGAGAAAUAUCACAGACGGUAUCAUAAACAACGGGAUCACACUCAAAGGGUUCCUGUUCCUCCACACACUGUUUAUACAGCGAGGCCGUCACGAGACCACGUGGACUGUCCUCAGGUCGUUUGGCUAUGAUGAUGGUGUCUUGCUCUCUAAAGACUUCCUCUCACCAAGGGUACAAACUUCCUUGGGCUCUACAACAGAACUGUCCACACAAGGAAUACAGUUCCUCAAGAUGAUAUUUGAUAAGUAUGAUGAUGAUCGAGACGGUUGCCUAUCUCCCACGGAGCUCCAGAAUCUCUUUAGUACAUGUCCUGUAAUGCCAUGGGGAUCCGACGUCAACAACACUGUGUGCACAAACCACAACAGCUGGAUCACACUGCAGGGCUACCUUGCUCAGUGGGCAUUAACAACACUACUAGACGUGCCGAGGACAGUGGAGAAUUUAGCAUACUUAGGUUACCAUUAUCAUCAGGAAAGUCAACUCUCUGCAAUAACAGUAACUAGAGACAAAAAAAUAGACCUAGACAAAAAGCAAACCAGCAGAAAUGUGUUCAGGUGUUAUGUCCUGGGAACGAAAGGUGUUGGCAAGAGUACUUUCUUACAAGGACAUCUAGGUAGAAAUCUGAGGUAUAUAGCGACACUGAAUAAGGAACAUUUGUCCAGUUUUACAAUUAAUACAGUUCAAGUUUACGGACAAGAAAAAUAUUUACUGCUACAUGAGGUGGACGUGUCGGUAUGUGACAUGUUGAACCCUACUGAGAUGAAUUGUGAUGUGGCUUGUUUAGUAUAUGAUUCCACCAACCCCCGCAGCUUUGACUUCUGUGCUAGAAUGUACCUGAAACACUUCCUGGACAGCCGAAUUCCUACCCUGGUGGUCGCGGCUAAGACAGAAUACCAGGCUGUGCGCCAGGACUAUGAACUCACACCUGCCCAGUUCUGUAGCAAGUUCAAGCUCCCACCACCUCAGAGCUUCUCUGCCAUUGACAAAGUGAACCGGGAGGUGUACAUAAAGCUAGCCACCAUGGCUGCCUACCCCAAUUUGAAGCGCCUGGUACACAUGUUGUUGGUGCGGCAGAACCCACUGUGGCUGGAGGAGAAAUUCAGUCAUAUGAAGGGUGUUGUGAUGAAGGAGGAGAAUGGGUAUCUACGUGUAGGGAUCGGUGUGGCUGUACUUGCCAGCGUGGGAUUUGUGCUCUACAGGAUUUUACGACGGGGAUCAUAGUCACUGCCACACUUAAAUAUAGUUUAUGGACGAAUGCAGGUGCAUGUUGUAACGCCCCCUAGUGGACAAGAGGAAGUUUGUGAGGGUGUUUCACACAAGUCAUGGAGCUCACCAUAGAAUAUAGGAAUAACAGAAUGUAGAUUGACUUGAUAGAUAGACAUGGAUUUGAUAUUUAGGCAUUGAAUGCGAACGUUUGAAUAUCUGCAGUCGUAGGUGUGAUCUGAUCAAAUAUCCAUGUGAAUGUCUAAUCUGCUGACAUUUUUCCUAUUAAAUGUGAAUGUCUGAAUACCCUCAGACAUAGCAUUGAUGUUGAAUGUGAACAUCUUGAUAACUGUGGACAUAUGUUUGAUAUUUAGAUAUUGAAUGUAAAUGUCUGAGCGAUGACCCCUGUGGAGAACAGAGUACUGCUGAGAGCUUCCUGACUAGUCCUAUGUGAUGUCAAUCCCUGGUGUAGCUAAUAGCACCAGCUGUCAGCAUGGUAAUCGUCUCCCUUGAAAACUGCCAGUAUCAAGAUUUACAGGGAAUAUAUAUAUACAUCGUCAUACAUGCUUUGUGCAUGUUAAAUUAAGUUAAAUUAAGUCUAAGUUCUUGAGAUAUAGCACAAUUUUCGUAAAUAUUUAUUGAGGGGAACAAGUUCUGGAAACUUUUAGUUACACAGAUCAUAUCCAUUCAUGUACAAAGUGUAGAAGACAAUUCAAGUUUAUGUCUUAUUGCAUGUGUGCUGUAUAAGAUACAGUCAACUUUUUGGAUAGUUAAAAUUCUAGACAUUAUCAGUUUCCAACUGUUUAAUGGAGAGAGAAAUAAUUCUUAAACUAGACUUUUUAUAAUCAAGUUUGUGUAGAACUAUAAAUUAUUCGUUUGUGAGAGUUUCAGUGUGUCCUAUACCAGACCAUGUGUGUAUUGAGAGGUAGUGAAUAUGAAGGCUAGCUAGGGAAACACAAUGUGAUUCUUUAAUAAAUUAAACACAAGAUACUUUGCUUUUUUUUCAUAAUUUCAUAAUGUGGGAAAAGACCUUACAUAUCACAUUAAUUCAUCAUUAUAAACACCCAUAUUUACAUAAGUCAGAGGUGUCGGUCCAAGUUUCAAACUUUAAGGACAGAGUAAUUUCAUUUACCUCUGUAUCUCCUGUUGGAAACAAUCAGUUGAUGUGUAUUACCUAAUACAUGUAAUAGUAAGUAAGUAAGACAUUAAAGACAUUGUUUCUGGUUUGAGAAUAGUGUGACAGUUAAUUAAGAUUGUGUGUAAGUCAACCAGAUGUUUGAGCCUGUAGGAUAAGUAUUUAAAUUUUUCUGUAUUGCUUUAAUUUGAAAAAAAAUCAUUUGAUCAAUUUAUUAAUUUAGCAAAAACAAAAAGGUCCUCAUUGGUUUUAAGGUGUGAAAUGGGAUUAUGGAUAAGGUCAAUGGCUUUUGUGUAUGUCAGUCAUGUUUGUAAGUGUGCAGCACGAUUUGUAAUAUACCAUUAACCAAGAUCAAGGACACUAUAUGUGCUUUCUGUCAGUACUCUAUGUUUAUGUUUUUAACAUAUAAGGCAUGCAUGUGUGUUGUUGGGACUUGUUAAUCUAAAAUCAGGUGCUGGACACACAAAAUCGUAUUAUGCAUAUACAUGUGUGUAUAUAAUAUUUAUAUAUACACGUAUAAACAUUAAGUAUUACAGAAAUUAUAUAGUACAGCUAUCUACACAUUAUGCAUAUUUGUAUGUGUGUCCAGCACCUGUAUAUAAGAUACAUACUCUUGUGUAAGAGCAAUUGUAAGCUUUUGUUCCUUGCAAUUUAUUUGAAAAUUACUUAAUGCUUAACUGUUUAAAACUAUUGUUACAUGUAUGAGACAUAUUUUGUCCUCCCCAUAAAUGAUUUUCUCCCCUGUCAACACAUAAAUUAUUAGAUUAUCUCCCCUUUGGUAAUUCAUAAAUGCUAUUCUAGUACUGGAAUAUUAAAAUCAAAUCCGAUUACAAUGCUGCAAACAAAACAUGAAUUAUUUUAUCAGAAUACAUAAGUAUGCUGCCAGUAUGCUUUAAUAAACACAAAAAGGUGUAGACAGCUGGUGUGUAGACUGGUGUGUGUACAGCUUGAACGGGUCAUGUACGAGAUUAUACAAUGUGCAAUCUAGUCUUAAGAGCCUAAGAGUCAUAUCUUUUAUUAACAUCAGAGUGGAUGGUUGUAUGGAUUAUGAAAUAAAUAAAAUGGAUACUUCAUGAAAUGAUAAAUAUACUUGAAAGUUAAAAACAAGGGCAUUCAGACAUGUGUCUGUAUUCAGACAUGUGUCUGCAUUCAGACAUGUAUCUGCAUUCAGACAUGUAUCUGUUUUCAGACGUGUAUCUGUAAUCAGACAUGUAUCUGUAUUCAGACAUGUAUCUGUAUUCGAAAUGUAUCUGUGUUAGUAAGUUCGAAUUCUAAAUAUAUGUAAAACUCAUGAUGUUUCAUAUUUACCUGAAACUGCAUACAACUUUUUAAAAUGUGAUUUUAUUUAUCCAAAUCACAAAUCAAAUUGUAUUAUUGGAGAAUCAUGUGUUUAUAAUAAGUGUUUUUCAUUGUUUUCUAUUUAUUUGUAUAGAUUUUCGACCAAAUGGUGGCAGUAAAACAAGGUUUAACUUUGUAAGACUGGUAUGAUGUUUUAACUGAUAUACCAUAUUAACAGGAAUAGUGAGAGAAAGAAAUAUUAAUGGUAUACAGAAUAUUGUGUCUUAGAUAGAGGCGCUAUACCAAAGUAUCAUGAGUUCUAGAAGAACCUCAAUAAAUUUUCGAAUCAACUUUUAAACUUGCAUUAUGUAAGAAUAAAAUAAUGUUGAUGCUCUGAUUAUGCGAGCUUAAAUUUGCUCGCCAUUAAUGAAUCAAAAUUUGUUGCAUGGUUUUGAUGUCCAGUUCAGUCCUUUACUAUUUAUGUGGGUCUUUGGUAUGGUACAGCUCAAUUAAUUUUCAAAAUUUAAGUAUUUUACAAUGUUUGUCAUGUACUUACAAAACACCUAGUUAGGAGUUGGAUGUUAUUGACAGGAAUGUUGUUAUAAAUGUAUAAAACAUGGAUGUUUAGUAAAUAGUAAGUUAUACUCAUUUAUCAUUAACUGGAAAAUGUUUCAAUUCUCCUUUUUUUCAUGAAAAACAGUCACUAAAGCAUCUAAAGAUCUUGCAAACAAAGUAAUAUUUUAUGUAGAAACAUAUUGUAACAUUUUUCUGGAUACAUAGGAUUGUAACCCCAUAGGCCAUAUACUCGGCUAUAAAAUCUUUUCAGUUCUUAACAUCAAUUUCUGUGCUAUUCUAUUUUAUAACGAUGCAGUGCAACUGUUACUACAUACAGUUUUCUUGUAUACAAUCUAACUACAUACAAUGUGUAAGCAUACAAUGUUAUUACAUACAGUGUUACUACAUUCAGUGUUCCUGCAUACUAUGUUGCUACAUACAAUGUUUUAGCAUAUAAUGUUACCACAUUCAGUGUUCUUGCAUAUAAUGUUACUACAUACAGUUCUUGCAUACAAUGUCACUACAUUCAGUGUUCCAGCAUAUAAUGUUACUAAAUACAGUGUUCCAGCAUACAAUGUUACUACAUUCAGUGUACCUGCUUACAAUGUUUUAUCAUACAAUCUUACUGUAUGCAUACAAUGCUGUAUUGAUGCCUCAUACAUCAUGAUGUCAUAAGUCACUUGUUACUCAAUCACUACAAUCACAUUCUCACUUUUUAAAGGGGUACAGUGUGAGUCAAAUGUAAUGGUACAAAUCCAUGAAUAUAUGCAUGGUUUGAUAGAUGUACACAGCUACUCAAUACUCAUCAUGUAACUAAGGCUUGCCUCCUCUCUUAUAACUAUAUACUCUGUGUUGAUUAAAAUGUUUAUCAGUCUGAAACCUUAGGAACACAAUGAAACUGGUGUGUUAUAUUUAUGGUGGUUUAUACAAUUGGAGGAUGUUGCUGGUUAAAGCAAGGUUUUUUUUAAUUUAUUUUUCUAGGGUAAACAUUCUUCCUUUUGUGAUUGUAGCCUCAAUGCUUGAUAUUCAUUGUAUUGGUUAACUCACAGGGACUAGACACAAUAGUAAUAUAUGUUAUUGUUGAUCAGGAUACAUGGUUUUAGUGUCGUGCUAGCUUGGUUAUAUACGUGGUGCAAGUAUGUACAUGUAUAACUUAGAUCACAGGAAUUUGAGUUUCUGUCAAUUUAUGAGAUCCAACCUCUAAUGAAAAUAAGCUUGAAUUGCAAACAAAGUGAUCCAAAUCUUGCCAUAUUGAUAGAAAUAAAAUUCCUGUUCUGUGACCAUAACGAUACAUGUCUGAUAACUGUUUACCGUGUAAUUGUCGUGUGUCAGAACUAUUAUAUCUAGUUCCUGUGGAAGUAUUUAACCUUUAACUUUCAUUCAAUAUUCUGGUUGUCUCCCUCUCUCUUUCUGCAUCUUUGUGAAUGUUUCACCUGAUCUUAUGUCAGAUUGUAAAUAACAUGAUGGACAGUUGUAAUAUCUGUACACUGUGUUUGUGUGUGGGUGGGGUAUUGUGUUAAAAGUGAGUUUAUUUUGUGUAUGCAUAUAUAGUUUGUCAGUGUAAAUGUAUUGACAAACUGUAUGUGUAAUACCUAAGGUAAGUGAGAGUGUGAUACAAGAAAGUGAGAGAGAUGUGUAAAGGUCAUGUGAUACAGCGAUGGGAGUAAACAUUGAUUGUCCAGAUUGUGAAAUACAACAACAGUAUUCCUCUUUUAAAUACAGUACAUGUCUAAACUUUA